AAAGUUGGCGUUUCCUUGAAGCUAAUGAGUCUGAUGUCAACUAGAGCNCAUGGCUUCCCGAAACCCGCGGGCAAAGAUAAAGCUAUACACAACAGACAAUUAAGUGUGGAAAGACCUUUGGAGGAACAGAUUGCUGAAGCUGAGGCAGACAAGAAUAGGAAAAUAGUUCCUACAGAAAAUAAGCCAGAGUUCAGGAAUUAUUCCCUUGUUGAUGACCUGAACCUGCUAAAAGCAGUAGCAGAAAGAGAGAGGAAUGAAAAGGAGAGGGAGUCAAUUAGAAGCUCUUUGUAUGAACAGCAACUGGCCAUUGAUGAUGCAGACUCCACCAAGAACCGCAGGCUCGUGGAUGACUAUGACUCCACUAAAAGUGGACUGGAUUAUAAAUUCCAAGAUGAUCCAGAUGGCCUCCAUCAAUUAGAUGGCACUCCUUUGACUGCUGAAGACAUCGUUCAAAAAAUUGCCGCAAGAAUUUAUGAGGAAAAUGAUAGAGGAGUGUUUGACAAGAUCGUUUCAAAGCUUCUAAAUCUGGGGCUAAUCACAGAGAGUCAGGCCUACACCCUGGAAGAUGAAGUGGCAGAGGUUUUACAACAGCUAAUUGCAAAUGAAGCAAAGGAUCGUGAGAAGGAGUCUGAAGAUUUUGAUUACCCUCCCAGCAGAGCAGACAGUGAUACAAAGAAAAGCCAACAGGAAANNNAGACACCAAGCAAAGCUGAUCAGGAUAGUUUCAUUAAUGGAGAGAUUGAUGAUACACUGGAUAACACAUGGUCACCAUCUAAUAUCUUGGAAAGAAGAAAUGAGCUGCCUUCUGAAGAUAAUUUCGAAGACCUCCAAUAUUUUCCAAACUUUUACGCACUAUUAAAAAGUCUUAACUCAGAGACGGAGGCAAAAGAGAAAGAGACCUUGAUAACUAUCAUGAAAACCCUGAUUGAUUUUGUGAAGAUGAUGGUAAAAUAUGGAACAAUCACACCAGAAGAAGGAGUUUCCUAUCUGGAAAACUUAGAUGCAAUGAUAGCUGAGCAGACAAAGAAGAAGCUUGAGAACCCUUCCACUAAAACCAGAGCACAGCUACCAGCAGACAAGAGUAGUGAAGAAGCAGACAGUACGAAGGAAGAAGCAGCUAGAAUGGAAAAGGAAUACGAAAUCUCAAAGGAUUCUACAAAAAAUGAAGAACAAAAUGCAGCAGGGAGCAGUGAAGAGCCCAGAGGGAAAGCUGAGGCAUAUUUGGAAGCAAUCAGGAAGAACAUAGAAUGGCUAAAAACCCACAACAAACAAGGUAACAAAGAAGACUAUGAUCUGUCAAAGCUGAGAGAUUUCAUUGAUCAGCAAGCUGAUGCUUACGUGGACAAGGGCAUCCUGGACAAGGAAGAGGCUGAUGUAAUUAAACGCAUAUAUGGCAGCCUGUAAAAAGCUAGUGGCUGCCAAACGUGUAGAAAACUCGUAUAGCUUCCCCCACUCCUGGCUGAAUGACUUGUGAUCUGUUAUUUUGAGGGUAUCGUUAGAAAUGCUCUGUUUACGUUGUACUGACAACUUUCUAGGCAGAAAUGAAGAGCUGUAGUGCUCCGUACACCGACUGCAUACCGUGUGUUCCUACACUCGCAAAUCAACCCUAAACGCCAAAUUCUGACACCGAAUCUCUGUUUGACAGGGUAAAUAUUGAUGUGAUGUUCUCUUCCAUUUAUUAUUCGCAUUCGGUUUCCUUUUGUAGAUAAACCAGUCAUUUCUGAUGUAAUGCUACAUCUUUUUGCUCUCACUCCACUAGCUUUCUAGAUGCAACUAUGUAAAGGGCAUUAUUAGAAAAUAGUUCAUAGUUCUCUAAAUAAAGUAUUUGAAAAUAA